UCCUCACCUUUGCACUGGGACCUCGCUUUCACUAGCAAGAGCCAUGCCUCUGCCCAGGCAGGUGACUGCCUGGAAUUGGGCAUAAAUGCCCAAUUGGACUCCCAAGUGCCCAAUUCCAGGCAAGCCCCUGUCUGGGCAGGAGCAUGAUUUCUUCCAGUGUUUUUACAUUUCCAUUUUCCGUCCUUGAUUCUGUGCGGCUUUCAGUGUCGUGUGGUGAUUAAAUUCUCCAAGCGCUUCAUUCGCUAGUUUCUUCUUUUCUCACUCGUAAUCCUCGACGUAGCAUAGUAUCGGUUUUUUUGGAUACUUGGGACUUUUCAGUGUAAUUGGGACAUUUUUAAAGCAGUGAAGACAGUGAAGAUUGUAUACCCAAACGGUUUUUUUCACAUAGGGUGGAUCGUUAGAGAAUGUCUCAGUUAGGGUUAGAAAUUAUUUCAGUUUCUGCGGACCUUCGAGGCGGAACUGGAGACGACAUUCGAAUGGUCAUAUGUUUGCAGUUUCCACGUUGUUACUUUCUGUGCCCUGAAUUUCUGUUCUAUGCUGCAAUUCCACAUUCUGCUCACAUCGAAGUUAUUUCCAGGCUAGUAGGUUAUCGGUCUCUUAUGCUAUCGGGUUGUCUAUUGGUGCAAGAAGUUGGUCCUAUAAAUGUGGCUGUAAAGCGGUUGGACAUGUUUUUCGAGUGGAAGAGAUACUGGACCAAGUAUUUAUGCUGAUGUUUCAGAUAUAUAGCAUAACAGAAAUUGGGGAUUUGCCACAGAUUAGUUUCCAACGAUUUACGGUCUUGAUUGAUGUUUGUAGCUCACCAAUCGUAUAAAACCAACGUCACCACGAUUGAUCAUUCUGCAGAGUUGA